AUGGUGCUUGGAGCUUCGACCAUCGAUCCAACUCUCUAUGACGUGCUCCUUGAGCUGGGCCUGGACGCAGCAGAGGCGGAAGUGAUGGCGCAGAAUCCCUGUUCGUUCGAAGAGAUCGGCUGCGAAGAAGGAGAGCUCAUUGGCCUUUCAUUGCAUCGACGAGGUCUUCGGGGGCGACUCUCAAAGAUGAUUGCACAGUUGAGCUCCUUGGAAUGGCUGAGACUGCAUGAGAACCAACUGAUUGGCGAAAUUCCCAAGGAGCUGGGACAGCUGCGCGGCUUGAGGGCUUUGGAUUUGGAGCAAAACGCUUUGACGGGCAAAAUCCCCCGAGAGCUUUCAGCUUUGCGUCAGCUGACGCUGCUGGAUGUGUCGUACAAUCAGCUCACGGGCGAAAUUCCCCAGGAGCUGGGAGAGCUUCAGGGUCUCCAGUAUCUCCGCCUCACCGCCAACAGGCUGAGCGGAGAAAUCCCUAAAGAGCUGGGAGAGCUGGGCCGUUUGCAGGAACUGCGGCUCCAUGGAAACCAGCUGAGUGGUGAAGUUCCAAGGGAGCUCGGCCGUCUAAAAGCUUUGGAAAUGAUGUUCCUGGGGAAGAACCAACUGCACGGUCCAGUACCGAGGGAUUUUGGCCAGCUGCACGAGCUGCAAACGCUUGAAAUGUCCUCAAACCAGCUCAGUGGUGCUAUUCCCAACGAGCUUGGGCAACUGGAGUCCUUGAGGGAGCUCUAUUUGUCGGGAAACCAGCUGACUGGAGAGAUUCCCCAAGUGCUUGGAGGGCUCAAGCUCUUGCGACAUGUGUUUCUUCAUAGCAAUCACCUCGAGGGCAGCAUCCCCGCAGAGUUGGGACGGCUUCACGCCUUAGAAGACAUGUUCCUCUACCAGAAUCAGCUGAGCGGAGAGCUGCCCAAGGAGCUGGGGGAACUGCGAGCUCUUAAGCAGCUGCAGCUGGCGGAUAAUAAGCUGACAGGGAAGAUCCCGGAAGAACUGGGCCAGAUGCAAUCCUUAGAACAACUCUUUCUUUCUGGUAACGAACUGAGCGGGACGAUCCCAGAAAGCUUGCAGCAGCUGAAGUUCUUGAAAGCCCUGGAAAUCAGCAGGAACAAACUGAGCGGUCUUAUCCCCAAAGACCUCUGCCGGCUGGCAAGUCUCGAGCUCUUGGGCCUCAGCGAGAACCAGCUCAGUGGUGAAAUUCCUCCUGAGAUUGGGCAAUGUAAAGCUGUCGAGCGCAUCUACCUGUACGAUAAUCAGCUGUCGGGCGAGAUUCCUAAAGAGCUUGGUGAGCUGGAACGUUUGCAAGACCUUUAUCUCGCCCGAAACCGGCUGAGGGGCGUCCUUCCCGACAUUUUGGGUGGGCUGGCGAGUUUGCAGAUGCUGAAUUUGGGGGGGGAACCAGCUGUCGGGUGA